AUGACCUUACUAACAAGCUGGAUAUCAGUCCUAACGGCAUUUCUUCUUCUCUUACAUUUUUGGAGAGCAAAGGUCUAUGCUUCUGGAAACUCAGAGGAGGAAAUAGAUUUCACAUAUGUUAUAAUAGGAGUUACUCUGGGAGCGUUUCUAGCAAUUGGUUUUGUAGCAGUAAUAAUUUGCAUGAUCAAAAAACAAAUGCUUGACAAUGUCUUUGCAGAGUCAGAUGGCAAAAUGGAUAGAAGGUAA